UGGCGGGCCUGUGCCAGCGCCUCGGCUGAGAUGCCUACAAAACCCUCAACCCAGCCAACCGCUGAGUCUCAUCCUUAACUUCUGCGCUUGGAUACUACGAUGAAUGGGUGGCUGCUCCCCGGUAUUCUAUGGUUCUUGCUCCUCUUCCACCUUGCGGAUGCCGCCGUCGCACGAGACUGGCGAUUAGCAACAUCAAUUGCGCGAAGGAGGCUAAAUGGUACAUUGCGCACUAGCGUUGACUUCAAGCAGCCGCCUAAGUGCAAUGUCGACUUCUCAUUCCCGGCUCGCCUCGAAAUCACCGACACCCAGUGGCCCAAUGAAUCGACUACCCAUUUUCAUCUAACUGCUUUUCACCGAGACGCGCUCUCCAGCAUUCAGUUGUCACUCUAUUUCGUGGCAGCACCCCGAGGAUCCGACAUCUGCGAAAGCAGGUGGUGCCUAACCGAGCGCCAUCUGUGUGUUCCGGAAGAGUAUGGAUACGGCUGGGGUUACCAAGCAUGGGCUCAGGAUUUGAAUGGGUGGGAAUGUGGCACCAAAUCAUAUGCAUGGCUGCGCGAGGCGAAAUACGUCGUCGAUUCGGGGUACCGAACACUCCGGAAUACGCAACGAGUCGGCAUUUCUCCCCAGAGAGGCUGCGAGAAAGGUAUUAACCAAUAUCUCGAGCCCAAAGUCGAUGACAUGGAAUCCGGGUUAUUUCUCUUGGAGUGGGGUGGUGAUUCAUGGAGUAUUCGAUAUAAGAGAACGGAGUACGACACCAACCGGACGCCAAACUGGAUUGGCUUCUCAUUUCAGUCCCACCCAGAGACUGCAGAAGUCGUCAAUGACAUCGACCUUACGGAAACCGAGCCAUCUUUUCCGGGCUGGGACUUCAAGAUACCUGAAGUGUUUUCCAGGGCUAGCGCAUUUGCCACACUAGCCUCGGUGGCAUUGUCUAUCCUAAUGCAGGGAAAGGGUUCGCUUUGGCACAGGUACCACCUAACGUGGGCAUGGCGACUGGUCGUUCCGUUCGCGACACUAGAAGCGCUCCUCAUUCUCUGGCUAUACAUCAGGAACAGGGGUCACGUAGGAUCAUUCUCGGACUUUUGCGCCGCAAUUAUUAUCUUCCGUGGUGCGAAAUUCCCAAAAGAUCCUGCUGGUGCUACCGCAACUCAGGAGCUGUCGUCCGAGAUAGCUUCCGCCUUUGGUCAGCCGGAACGCCGGUCUCAACAGCUGGUUAGCUCACUGGCCAUCGUUCCGAUCCUCUUUAUUCUGAUCAAGCUAUGCGUCGUCAGUCCCGUACCGGUCUAUAUGGCAUACACCGUGAUGUUGCUUGUGCCUUGGAUCAUAGUGCAAGCUGUCAUCACGGCUGUACCAUGGGGUGUCUCCGAUCCGGCACGAAUCCACAGUAUUGCUAGGGGUAUAGUCAGCAUAAGAAGCUCUUUAAAGGGGUUAUGGCCAAGGAAGGAGCUAGGACAGAUGCUCACGGAUGGCUUGGAGUGCUAUGCCGUCCUCAUCUGCCUCUAUUUUGCUGUAUUCAUGAUUGCAGAAUGGCGGGGCCUGUGGCUGAUGAUUGGCCUUCAAUUGUUGGCAAGUAUUAUGAUCACGGCUUUGGGCGGACUCGCAUUCAGAUACUGGCAUACGAAGACGUGGGUGGUUGAAUUGCUCUGCGUCUUCACUUCCAUGGCGCAGAUAGCAUUCUGCAUGUGGAUGUACGACGAGACGACUGCUGUGAAGGCAGAUUGGGUCGACUGGAUGUCGUGAGAUCUCGAGGCCCGGUUGUAAUAACCGCGGACGCGCUUGCGUGAGUGAC